AUGAAUCCUAAUUACAAUGAAAUUCUAAAAUAGAUUAUGGAUUUUAAAUAAGAAGGAAUAAGGACACUCAUAUCUGGUUUACUUGUUAAAUUGGUAAUUUAAUCUAUUAUUAUAGAUUAUUGGACUCUUUUUUGCAUGGCCAAUUUUAUAAUCAUAUCAUGAAAUCUUAAUUGGAUAUAAGGACCUUAAUCAUUAAUACAUUCUAUAUAUAAGUUAUGCUCUUAUGAUUUUAAUCAUGAAUUUAUUCAUACCUCAUACUGACUUCUUCCUUAAGAAAUUAGGACCUCAAACUUUAAUUUGCUUAUUUGUUUGUUUAAUUGGAAUGUCAUUCAUGUUAAUUGCUAUUUUUGAUUAAGUAUAAAUAUCUAAAAGAAUCAAUUUAGAAUUGGGUCAUUCAUUUGUUACUACAAUUAUUUAUCAUUGCCCCUUCUGUUGGAAUUCUAUACUCAACACCAUUUCUCAUAUCUUGGAGAUACUUUGUUAAAUAGAAAUGUAUAUUUAUUAUUAUUAUAUUUUAUUAGAACACUUAAAUUCUAUGUUCCAAAUAUUCAUUGGAUAAGGUGCUUUUUUAGCAUUAAGAAUAUUUGAAUCUAAUUAAGCAAAUCAAUUAAAAUUGUAUUUUGAUAAUGAACAAUAUUUUUGUGGAGAAUGCUUCAAUCUUUAAACUAGGCAAUCCCUUAGAAGUCUCACAAUAUGGGUUUUUAUUUUAGGAAUUGUAGCAGCACUCUUAGUAAAAUAACUAGAUGGAGAUUUAGCUGAUAGUGUUGUGGAUUAUGAUCUACUUGCAUUUGUUCAUUUAGAUCUUAAAUAAUAAUAAGACAGCAGGUAUUCAUAAGAUGAGAGCCAUCAAUCAUUAGAUUAAUCUAUCACAUUUACCUAAUCCUUAUCCACUAAACCAUUUUAAAUCAUGUCCAUUUUAGUAGUAUCAUCAUCUCUCUUGCCUUAUUUAAUAUUCUGUUAAUAUUAGAGAAUUCAAUCAGCCUUAGGAAUAAGCUAUACUUAAUCAAAUAUCUCUUUUUUAAUAUCAAUCUUGUUAUAUGGAUUUAUGAGAUAGGUUUAUAACUAUUUUAUCUCAGAUUGGCCAUACAAACUUGUCGUUAAAGGAUUAGUCUAAAUGAAUGUAUUCACAAUUAUCAUCUAUUUUAGAUGCUCUUAAUUCUAAUAUUUAUUGCUUCGCUUUGGUUUCAUAAUCCUUUGUUAAUUAACAUAUUGUGUUCAAUUUAUGUAGUUUCCAUAGCCCUUUUGUUCUCAGUUAUUAGUAAUUCCAUUCCUAAAAUUUUUGGAUCUAUGGCAAGUCAAGGAGUAUUCUCCUUCAUGUUGACCCUUAUGGGGUUGAGUGCUGUUAUUUCAAAUUCUAUUUCUUACUUUUUUCCUUAAGAGGUAUAUCAAUAAAUAUGUUUAGACAAUAAAAAAUAUGUUAUUUUACUUUUCCAUUAUAGUAUUUUUUUGUUAAAUGGUUGUGUAUAGAAUUGCUAAUUGA